CUAAUCUCAUGCUCGCCUCGCUUGCACUUCUUCAACCGGAUCGGCCACCAAUAUUUUGACGCCCUGGGAUUUCACACUUGGGCGUCUUCUACGAAACUUUCUAUCGAAAGGUAGCACUGAAGGCAUUCUCUCAAAGAGCAGUCUAGAUUGAAAGUACCACUUAUUUCACGCCCAGAGAUGUGGUCCAACAACAACUUUGGAAGCAACAGCGCGCCCACCCACAACGGGGCUCAGGACAACAACAACAACAACGAUCAAAGCAACACCAACGAGGAGAACUACCAGGGAAGUGAUAUCAACCAGGGCGGCGGAAACUUUGUUAACUACCCUCAUCAUACUGCUGGCUUCCCAGUGUAUCCACUGUUUCCGUUUGAAUAUUACCCGCCGCCAAAUUCAAACUAUAUCGGGAAUUACAUGCCAAACGUGUUCCAUCCAAUGCCUGGAUUCGGGAACAACGAGUUUAUACAAGCCUAUUUCACCAAUCCAGCCAAUCCGGAGCAAGCCCAGGCCAUGGAGCCUGUUGCGCUGGCCCAUCCCGGUGUAUCAACUCAGUCUGUUCCAGCAACUCGGCCCAUCAAAUCAGCUCGGCCUGACACACCAACUGAACCUGCUGCAUUACGCAAACCUGUUGCUAACAUGGCUCUGAACUCUAGAGCCGAGGAGCUAAAGUCCCAGCUCAUAAAGAGCAAGGAGGAACGUGCCAAGGCCAAAAAUGCACUGAAAGCCGAUGAGGCUGUCACCGGCGCUCUCGAUCCAACAUCGCAGGAGAUGGCGAGUUUGCUUCGAGGCUCUCCUACUAUGCCCAGAAAUCAGUCGAAGGGUCCUAUGAGUGGCUCUAUCGUGUCCUCUACUUCACCAAAGAAUAUUGCAAGGGGAAUUAUUCCAGGCAAUACUGGACCUAGGCUGGCACGGAAAACUUCGGCCUGUGAGAUACUAGGAAGACCCAAGGCUGACGAUAAUGAGGUUACAAAACUCAUUGAGGCUGGCAGAGUUGCUGCUGAAGAUAACUAUAAGAAGCAUCUGAGUUCUAACGCAUUGCCUGCUUCAAGUAUUGGGCCAUCACCAGAUGCUGCUAGAGUUGUACAAAACAAUGUACAAUCGAAGGGGUCCCAGACACAGCUUAAUUUGAUGCAUUCAAAACCAGCCUCAACUCAAGCCAGAGCUUUUCAGGAUAUUGAGCAGAAAAGAACUGUACCCAACGAACAGCAAGAGAAAGUUCAGACGGAGGAGCUGGUUCAAGAGGCUGUGGGAAAGGAGAAAUCGCCAUCUACACCAAGUGUUGUGGAAAGGCAAGGUCUCAUUAGGUUUCAAAGCAGCACAAUUACGCGGGACAAGAAGCCUGCACCAAGACAUGAAUAUAUUGAGCAGCGCGGGUCAAGCGCCAAUACUAUUGACAAACCGAGACUUUACAGCUGCGACAAAGACAAAGAUAACUCAAAUGCAAAGAAUAGCACCAACACUAUACCUAGCCCGAAAGAAGACAAACAUUCACCACUGGAGAAAGUUCUCCUGAGCAACGACGAACUCCGCGACUGGCUCAAGCUGACCAAGUGGGACGAUCUCGCUCACCGCAGAAGCGCCCUCGGGCGCCACCGCGCCAUCACCGCCAUCGACACGGAAAAGGCCACGGAAAAGGCGCAUCUCCUCGAGAGUGCUGCCAAGAUCGAAGCUUUAGACAAGGAGAAGGCCAAGCUAGAGGCUCAAACGACAGACGACGAAGAUGGAUUUGGCGGCAGGUUUCCUGGACACUCCAAGACGAGAUCAACUGCGAGAGGGGGUUCCUAUAAAGGCUCUGUGAGCUCUCUCGACCAAGCUACAAAGCCAACCCCAGCCUCAGUCAACCCCAGGAAGCGCUCCUUCUCCACCUUCUCUAGCGCCAACCACCUCCCUGUGAGGCCCAACAGCCGCCGCUACCACGCCUCUGAUGUACAGAGAUCAAGCCCCGGCAACUCGGGAAAGGAGCUCUUCCACGACCGCCACGAACACCGUGGCCGUUCCCGUGAGCGUCGCAGCUACGAAGACCGUCGCAAUAUGUCGCCCAGUCUUAGGUCCUUCCUGGAGCGUGAAGAUGCCCGCGAAGCACGCGAAACUGCAGCCCGCCGCCAUAACGCCGGAUUCCGUGGUUACAAUCGUGAGGGGAACCGCCCCUACCGUGAUUAUCGGUCGAGGCCGCGGCCGCGGUAGAGUCGAUUUUGAUGACCGCCGAUAGUUCAGACACCGAUUUGAGAGGGAAGAUGGGGUGGAAACUCGAGAGCUCGGUGGCGGCGUUGCGGCUUCGGGGAUUUUAUUUUUAUUUGAUGUUUUUAAGGGCCAGUUACUUUGUGUGGUGCCUUCAAAAAUACAUUCUGAUAACGUGUCCCGUUUUUGCUUUGUGAGUGACUGUUCUGUAAUUAAAUGUUCAUAGUGAGUAUUCUGCGAAAUUUGAUAAAUAUUCGUGAUGGUGGCAAGUCUCUUUCAUCACAGCAACCAUCUAUAUAACCCAAUCACUAUCCUGUGGGCAAGAAUAAGAGAGAAGUCAAC